AUGAUAAAAAAUAAAAAAGUUGCUAUUAUCGGUGCGGGACCUUCUGGAUUAUGUUUUGCUAAAUAUAUAAACCAAAUUGGAUAUUUAAUUCCCACAAUUUUUGAUAAAUCAAAUGAUUUUGGUGGUGUUUGGUCAAAUUCUACAUAUAGAAAAUCUUGGGAUAAUUUAAGAACAAACUUUAACCAAUUUUCAACUUCAUUUUCAGAUUUCCCAUUUAAAGAUAGAUUUCCAAGUAAAGGUGAAGUUUUUCCAACUAAUCAAGAAUUAUAUGAAUAUUUUAAAUGUUAUGUUGAACAUUUUGAUUUAAUGAAAAUUAUUAGAUUUAAUUCUACAAUUAUUAGUGUUAAAAAAUUAAAAGGAUCGAGAGAAGAUUUUACAAAUUGUAAAUGGAAAGUUACAUGGGUUGAAAAUGAUAAAACCACAUUAACUGAAGUUUUUGAUUUUAUUGUUGUGGCAAGUGGAAUAUUCUCUAAAGGUUUUGUAUCAAAAGAUUUACAAAUGAAAUUAAAAAAUUUUAAAGGUAAUAUUAUCCAUUCUGAAAAUUAUAGAAAUCCAGACCCGUUAAAAGGAAAGAAUGUUGUAGUUUUGGGGUCAUCUUUUUCAGGUUGUGAAAUUGCAAAUGAAGUUUCAACUGUUACAUCAAAAUGUUAUCAAGUUGGCCAUGAAAAUUAUUAUGCAAUAAAUUCAUUUAUACCAAAUGAAAAAGGAGUAGAAGUUCCAUGGGAAAUGAUAUUUCAUGUUAGAAAUUUAAGUUAUCAAAUUAAUCAUAACAAAUCAAUUAAAGAAAUUUGGGAAACAAAAAAAAAGUUUUUAUUAGAUAUUUGUCCAAAACAAGAUAUCAAAAAGUAUCCAAACUCAUUAUUACCAAUUAAAACAACACCAGAAAACCAACCCCCAAUUGGUAUAAUUUUUUCAAGAAAUUAUAUUGAAAAUGUCGAAUCUGGUAAAAUUAAAACAUUUACAGGUGAUAAUUAUAAAAUCCAAUCUGUAAAUGGUAAUUCAAUAACAUUUUCAAAUGAUAAAGGUGAAAUUAAUACUGUUGAUAAUAUUGAUACUGUUAUAUUAAGUAGUGGAUUUCAAAUUGAUUUCUCAUUCCUAGAUAACGAUGUUUUGGAAGAUAUUUGUUAUGAACCUACAGAUUCCUUAGUUCCAAUGUGUCUUUAUGAACAUACAUUUCCAAGUAAAUUUAAAAGUAUUGCUUUUAUUGGUUGUUUAAAAGGUGUGUUCCGUUUUGAAGUUGAAUUAUAUUGUCGUUGGGUUUCUUUAGUAUUUUCAGGUAAACUAGAAUAUCCAAAUGAUGAAAAAUUAAGUCAAGGUAAAAAUGAUCUUUUAAAAUUAAGAUCAAUCAGACCUCGUCCACAAUUCCCAAUUAUUGAUUGUGUUUAUCAUUGUGAUAAAAUAGCUAAAGAAAUUGGUUGUUUACCUGAUUUUGAAUCAAUUAAAAUCAAUGAUCCUGAAUUAUAUAAUAAAUUAUGGAAUGGAUUCUUUUGUCAAGCAUCAUAUAAUUUAAUUGGACCUGGUUCGAAUCCAACAUUAGCAAAAGAAAUAAUAAAUAAUUAUUAUGAAAAUUAUCAACAAUUUAAAAAUUAA